AUGAAGAGUGGUAGCGUGCCCAACUACUACAGGUACCUGCCCCUCAGGGUCAGAGGUCAUGAAGAGUGGGUGGAGCGUGUCCUGGGGAAGCAGAAGGCCGUGCGGAUCGUGAGCACCAGCCGACAGCCCCGCAACCCGCUGUGGGUCCAGUGUGAUGGCAACACCCCCCGGAGCUGCAUCACCCUUAUGCCCUAUACGCUGGUCACACCCCACUACCCGCCCGUCUGCCGUCCAGUCCUCCUCCUUCCCACAGUCCUCGGCCGUAUCCUCCACAAACGGCUGGCGGGGAUCGAGGGCUACAAGCUGUGUGAGCCUGAGACCCUGAGUGCUAGUGAGCAUGCGGUGCGAGUGCAGAAAGGGGAGGUUCUGGAGGAGUGUGGAGACCCCAGCGCCCCCCACCACUGUUACACCCUCCAGGGCGUGGACAAGGUCAUGAAGAGGGGGACUCACUGUGUCCUGCCACUGGGACUGGAUUGUGUGCGGCGUCUCCACAGAGCUGAGAUCUUCCCCAUCAUCAUCUUCAUCGCCACCACUGAACACAAGUGCAUCAACAGACUCAAACACAUGUUGCGGCGACACAAGCUCACGGAGGCCCAGCUCCUGGAGAGCUCCCGUGCGGAGGAGCCCCUGCUGGACAAGCUGCCGUGUCUGUCCCGCAGCCUGCAGCCCGAGUGCUGGAGGGAGACGUCCCUGCUGGAGCUCAUCCAGGACACGGUGGUGGAGGAGCAGCAGAAGGUGGUCUGGGUGGAGCCCGACCUCUGGUGA